GCUCAAGGCCCUCUUUGUUGCAUACCAUAUCACAGGCAGGCGAGAAGGAGAAUGUUUUCCAUCGCAGCAAACCCUUUAAGACUUCGACAAGUCCCGCUACCACUCUUGCAAACACUUCUCACCGUCACCAUGCAAGAAUCAUCAAAGAGAAACCCCGCCAGAAGGCAUCCCUACAGAGGGAAGAAGGCAUUCGGAACAAAUGCAACACCCAGACAAAAUGCUGUUCCAGCUGGAGCAGCCUCAUCCGGCCCUCCUCGAGUUGCGACUCCUCCCCGUUCAGAAGCUAUCCCUAUGGAUACUCCACGAUUUGCAGAUUUGGCAAAGGAGAAUCUGAUUCAUCCUGUUAUGCUAAAGACCAUCACCGAGGACCUCAAGUUCGACCAUAUGAUGCCCGUCCAAGCUGCGACUCUUCACGAUCUCCUCGCGAACAGAAUUGAUUGCCUCGCACAAGCAAAAACUGGGACAGGAAAGACGAUAGCAUUUUUGCUGCCAGCUAUUCAGACCCUCAUCAAUAAACAGAGACGGCCAGGCGCAGGUGUUUCUUUACUCGUCAUUUCUCCUACUCGCGAACUAUCCAUGCAGAUUGCUAAAGAGGCCACCGCGCUCUUAAAACGACUUCCGCAGUACAAGAUUAGAAUUGCGAUCGGAGGAACAAAUAAGAUUACCGAGGGGGCGAGGAUUAUGGAAGGCUGUGAUAUUCUGAUUGCCACACCUGGCCGUCUUUACGAUCAUCUUAGUGACGAGAGUGUCCGAGAAAAAUUCAGUAAUCUUGACACACUCGUCCUCGAUGAAGCUGAUAGAUUACUUGAUAUGGGUUUCAUGAAUGCCCUCAAAGAUAUCAUCAGAUGCUUGCCAGACAAGGAGAAGACUAAUAGACAAGGAAUGCUGUUCUCUGCCACCAUCGCUCCUCAUGUCCAGAAGGUCGCACAUCUUGUUCUAUCAAAGGAUUACAAAUUCAUCUCGACCAUUCCAGAAGGCGAGCAACAGACCCAUGAGCGUGUACCACAACAUCUCAUUACCGUCCCUAAAUUUGCAGAUGUUGCCGCUGGGUUGGUCGGCUCCCUGCGAAGUGAGAUUGCCCUGCAAGGUGCAGACACUUUCAAGGCCAUAAUCUUCGCGCCCACCGCGGCACUUGCGGAUUUCUAUGGCGCAGUUCUCGAGAAGAUGCCAAACAUGCCCACGAUUAGCGUUCUGCAUUCGCGGGUAAGUCAAAGUAAGAGAACCAAAACCACCAAUGCCUAUCGCGAGGCCAAGAAUGGGAUCCUUGUAGCUACAGAUGUUGUUGCUCGAGGAAUGGAUUUUCCUGGUGUGUCAAACGUCUUCCAGGUUGGUAUUCCGUCUGAUAAGGAGUCGUACAUUCAUCGAUUAGGCCGUACAGGUCGUGCGGGUGCUGAGGGGAGAGGCACAUUCAUUGUUGCUGAGCCCGAGUCAUUUUUCCCAAAGUGGAGUUUGAAAGAAAUUCAAUUUGAGACUACGGAGCCAGACUUGAGUGCUAAGUCUGAUGUCACUGCUAUUGUGGAGAGACUGGAGAGCCACCCAAAGACUUACCAAGCUUGUAAGUUUUACUCCUCCCCUUUUCGAGACUUUUCUUCUCCAAAUACCUUAUUAUCCUCAACUUCUUUUCGAAUCCGCAUGUACUGAUUGUGUUGUAACAGGGCUUGGAUACUACAAAAAUCAUGUAAAAGCUAUGGGCUGGAACAGUGAAGAGUUAGUCCGACAGGGCAACAUCUUCGCUAAAGAAGGUCUUGGGUGUCCUGAGCCACCUACUAUCGCUAAGACGACAGUAGGCAAGAUGGGACUCAAGGGCGUCAAAGGGCUCAACGUCGUCGCUGACCCUCCCCGAGUUGGGAGAGGAAGAGGUGGUGGCGGAGAAGGAAGAAGUGCCGGCAGUGGCGGGAAAGGAGGCAUCGGUGGUGCAGGCGGACGAGGAGGUGGAUCAGCGUGGUAGGGAGCCGCGUGUAUGAUACUUGUACUUGAAUAGGGGACUGGUUCUUGUGCGGAUAUGGAUAUAUGAUCAUGGCGCGUUGGCGUUUACUUUUAGAGGGUUAGAGGACUGACUUGUUAUGAUGCGGGGAUUAGAGAUCAUGGUCUUCGUGUAUCUGGGAAGACUCUUGUACAACGAUAAUGUAUAUCUGGAAACUCUCUACUGUAUCGAAUUCAUUCCUUGAGAA